UAUGGCGCUGCUACAACCAGUAUCGUAUCGAUUGAUUGAUGUUUGAGGUUAUGUUUCUUAGUGUUACGACAACUGCUGUACCAUAAUAUUAUAAUUUCCUUUCAAAGGAAAAUUUUCUUGUUAAUUUAAUCGUGUUUUGUGUCUGGUUUUGACAAUGUCUUCGUGGAAGAAAGCAGCGAAAGCCACACAGAAGACUCAUCGCGAGAGACAUCAACCAGAGGCUCGCAAGCACUUGGGUCUUUUGGAGAAAAAGAAAGAUUAUAUUGCUAGAGCUAGAAAUUAUCAAGAAAAACAACAGACUUUAAAACUUUUGCGUAGACGUGCCCUAGACAAAAAUCCAGAUGAAUUUUAUUUCCAUAUGAUCAAUUCCAAAAUUACGGGAGGUGUCCAUAAAGAAAGAAAGAAACGUAAAAAUCAUACACCGGAACAAAUACAACUAAUGGAGACCCAAGAUAUUAGAUACAUUGCUCACAAGAGAAACAUAGAAGCAAAGAAAAUAAAUAAGCUUCAGAGUCAACUGCAUAUGAUAGAUGUUGCAAAUGAAACCAAGAAUAAACAUAUCUUUUUUGUAGAUGAUUCAAAGGAAGUCAAAAACUUUGAUAUUGCUAAGAAACUGGAUACGCACCCAGCAUUGAUAUCCAGACGCACAAACAGACCAAAAUUAAGUAAAUUAAAAGAUAUGAAAUUACCAGAUGUAGAUGAGGCAAGCUUGAAAAAAAUUGAAAGUGAUAAACAGAAUGCUUACAACGAAUUACAAAAGAGGAUAGACAGAGAAAGGGAAUUGACUGUUAUACAACAAAAAUUAGAAAUGCAAAGAGCACUAAAAGAUAAAAAAAUUACUAAACCAAAACAAGUAAGCAGAGAAACAAAGAAUGCUGCUGCCAUCUACAAAUGGAACUUUGAAAGAAAACGAUAACUUUUAUUAUCUGUAUUUAAGGUGCUUUUUUAAUAAACAACAAAACAAUCUA